CAAGAGUGUGUUUCAGCGCUUCUCGAGGACGAGGUAUCGGCUCUUAAAGAAGAAGAGAUGACACGAACUCCCUGUCAGAAUGCCAUAGAACUGCUUAAUCGUGUCGUUUCCAUACAGUCGGUUCACUGGCCGGUAGUGAGGCGUUGGGCGCAUUUGAUUGACUCAAAUUUCAUUGACGCUCAACGAAAGGAGAAGGAAGAGUGUGAAACUGUCAAUGCUUUGGCUUCUUUGACUGUCCGACAGUCUCUCAAUAGUAGUCCUCCAGAAACGAGUGGUCACGUGGAAGAGCCUAUGGAUGAAGACAACGAUAAAUGAGAACACAAUGAAGAGGCGAUACAAGAACUGAAUGUGUAUUAAGAAUAUGAUUUAGUCGACAACUGUGUUGUCUUGUAUCGAAUGACUUCCGGAAAACAAAAGCAUUUAAUUAUUGGUUUCUUAAUGUUCUGUUUGUCACAACAUAUUGUGCUUUUGAUAUCAAAUGUGUUCUCCAAAUGUCUAUCCCGUCGAUCAGUGUUUGACAUGAAAUGACAG